AUGUUCGACUUGGCCGCCAUCCCGGGCAACGCGGAUGACCCGGGCAAGAGCACGCGUUUCUGGGGGCCGAUGACUCAAAAAUCGGUGCGCAACCAGCUGGAACCGGGCGACUUUGCCUUCUUCUACCCGCUGCCCGACGACGACGAGAGUGAGGGUCCCCCACUGGCCGUGCUCCUCAACUGCGCCUACUUGUCGUCGAAGAACCGAUUCCACGUGUUUCCGGUGAGCAGCGGGCGCCAGGGCUGGCGUGUCGAAAUCGGGGAGCGGCUGAUGCCCGUCUUCUCCACCCUAUCCCAGCUCAUCCGCCACCACGAGAUCCACAGCUACCUCUGCCUCGAGACGCGCGUCCUCGAGAAUUUCCCGGUGUUCGCGUCGUCGCGCGGAAGCGCCGAGGUCACGAACCCGGUGAGCAGCAGCGACUCGUCGUCGCUGAGCGAUACCCGCCCCUCGAAGAAGAACCAC